GCCGUCCUAGCGCAGAGUGAGUGUGGGCGGAGCCUGGUAUUGCAGCGCACAGGCUGCAGGCUCCGCCCCGUUCUCUGUCUGAGGGUGCGCGCUCCCGCGGAUCCUCCCGCAACUGGCCGCGCGCCCGCUCCGCCGCUCGUCAAGGGUGGGGGGACGCCCGAAGAUUCACCCGACACCCGGCACAGCACCCGGAGAGGAGCCGCCCGGGCAUCCUCAGGGACACGCCUCCCCGGAGACAGCCCGUUAUCCUGCGGCACUGAGCGGGCGACUGUCCCCGCCGCCCCCGGGACACCAUGAGCUGGGGCACCGAGCUGUGGGAUCAGUUUGAUAACUUGGAGAAGCACACACAAUGGGGGAUCGAGGUGCUUGAGAAAUACAUCAAGUUUGUGAAGGAGAGAGCGGAGAUCGAGAUCAACUAUGCAAAACAGCUGCGGAAUUUAUCAAAAAAAUAUCAGACAAAGAAAAACUCCAAAGAAGAGGAAGAGUCAAAGUACACGUCAUGUAAAGCCUUCCAGACCACGCUGAACGAGACCAACGACUACGCCGGGCAGCACGAGGUCAUCUCCGAGAACAUGACGUCAAUGAUCAUGACUGAGCUGACGCGUUUCGUGCAGGAGCUCAAGCAGGAGAGGAAAUCGAACUUCCAUGAAGGACGGAAGGCGCAGCAGCACAUCGAGACCUGCUGGAAGCAGCUGGAGUCGAGUAAAAGAAGGUUUGAAAGAGAUUGUAAAGAGGCGGAUAGGGCGCAGCAGUACUUCGAGAGGAUGGACGCCGACAUCAACGUCACCAAAGCCGAUGUGGAGAAAGCGAGAACGCAAGCGCAGAUACGUCACCAAAUGGCAGACGACAGCAAAGGAGAUUACUCAUCGGUGUUACAGAAGUUCAACCACGAGCAGCAGGAGCACUACCACACGCACAUCCCCGCCAUCUUCCAGAAACUGCAAGAUAUGGAGGAACGGAGGAUAGCGCGGCUGGGGGAAUCACUGAAGAACUAUGCAGAGAUCGACCGCCAGGUGAUCCCCAUCAUCGGCAAAUGUCUGGACGGGAUCACGAAGUCUGCAGAGUCCAUCAACAGCAAACAGGACUCGCAGACGGUCAUAGAAUCCUUUAAGUCUGGUUUUGAGCCCCCCGGAGACGUUGACUUUGAGGACUUUACCCAGUCCAUGAAGCGCACAGUGUCAGACACCAGCCUGACCAACACCCGGGCGGAGGGGAAGAGCGAACCCAAGACCCCCGGAAAGUCUCGUGGCAAACUGUGGCCUUUCAUCAAGAAAAACAAGCUUAUGUCCCUCUUAACAUCCCCUCAUCAGCCCCCUCCUCCUCCCCCUGCCUCUGCCUCACCCUCUGCUGUUCCCAACGGCCCUCAGUCUCCCAAGCAGCAAAAGGAGCCCCUCUCCCACCGCCUCAACGACUUCAUGACCUCCAAACCCAAAAUCCACUGCUUCAGGAGCCUAAAGCGCGGGUGUUUUGGCUUCCACCAGGGGGCGACACCAGAGGACUUCAGUAACCUGCCCCCGGAACAGAGGAGGAAGAAGCUGCAGCAGAAGGUGGAUGAGCUGAACAAGGAGACGCAGAAAGAGAUCGACCAGAGAGAUGCGUUGACGAAGAUGAAGGACGUUUACAUGAAGAAUCCGCAGAUGGGAGAUGCCGCCAGUGUUGCUCAGAAACUGAUAGAGGUCGGAAACAACAUAGAGAAGCUUCGGAUUGAGGUGCAGAAGUUUGAGGGCUGGCUAGCAGAGGUGGAGGGACGUCUCCCUGCACGCAACGACAACUCACGCCGGCAGAGCGCACUGUACGAAACACAGAACACUGCACCAGUCAAUAACUGCGCACAGGACAGAGAGAGCAGUCCGGAUGGGAGUUAUACAGAAGAUCAGAGCCAGGAGACAGAGGUGAAGGUGACGCCUACGGAAUUCGAUGACGACUUUGACGAUGAGGAGCCCCUGCCCACCAUAGGAACCUGUAAAGCCUUAUACGCCUUUGACGGUGAAAAUGAAGGAACCAUAUCUGUAGCAGAGGGAGAAAUACUGAACGUCAUAGAGGAAGACAAGGGCGACGGCUGGACGCGAAUCCAGAGGAGUGAGGAAGAGGAGGGCUACGUCCCCACGUCCUACAUCGAAGUUUAUUUGGACAAAAACGCCAAAGAUUCGUAGAGGUGGUGCUGAUGCAAGGACCCCGGGGCGAGCUUUAUACAGGAGGAAAAUAAGACCCCCCCUCACUCCCUCCAUAUCAACCUGACUGUCGGACUGAGUAGCCAAAAAAAACAUAAGACACCGUCCGACCCCGACAUACGAGAAACCUGUGAGCGGCCGGCGGUAGCGUAAGAGGACGUGGUUAUCAGUGUUACAGUGUAUCCUGGUGCAUCCUCCAUAGUGACCCCCUCCCCCCCGUGUUCUCUCUCAGCAGCAGAUUCCAGGCUUUACCACCAUGUUUAACCAACUAACAGUGCGAGAGAGAGAGACGCCCUGACCGUAUUGACACGCGCGCUUUAUUUAUUUGUUCCUCACUUAACCCCUCCUCUUCCCUUUCCUUUGCUCCUCCCUCCUGCUCCUCACUUCCUGUCUGGUUGUGGCCCCUUUAAGGAGGGGCCCCUCCUCUCACUCCUGGUCACUCUUUUUUUUCUGCCUGCAUGCUCGCCCUGUCUCCUUGCCUUUGCGCACCUUCUUAAGGGGGGGCACCACCCUUACAGAUAAUUUUGGGUUCUUCUUAACCUGGUCCUGCUGCAUGUUCACUAAAGACAAAGGCCUCAGUGUCUUCUGGAGGUUAUGGAUGAUGGCGUCCGCGCCUGGAUUGUAGGCGAUACACGAAUAACCCGAUCACCCGAUCAGACGUCACCCAGUGGGGGGAGAACCGCAGAUCCGGAGGACGAGGCGCGAGGUACCGCAGAGCCUCGCGUCCACCGAUCCGCACCUUCGUAUCACCACUAAUCUGUGAAGAAAGGACUUCUGCUGCUUCUAGUCCGCCUCUGCCGUCUUCUUCAGGGUCAAGAUGGCGGCUCAGCCGGCACUUGGAAUUGAGUCACCUUUGGCGCCGGAUCGAACAUUGGAGACGUUACCACGGUUGACUUAAAGGGGCAGCUCGGGUUUUUUUUUUUUUUAAAAGGACUUACACCCCUAAAAUAUCAAUGGCCUAAUAUGUUCUUAUUGACAGAUGUGAGUCCUGUUUGUCCCCUCCAGGCUGCCGUACAUACAGUCCAUGAAUGGAUCCUCCCCAUGUGACCCCCGCGCCUCCAUCUUUGGAUCGCUCCAAUGGCUGACAGGAGCCAAUCUGUUAAUUACAAUAUAUUAGGAAGUUGCUUUUUAGGUCCUUCCCUAACAUAAUCUGCUAAGUAGCGCAAAAGGUGUAACCGCCGUUAACUCCGCCCCCGAGCUCCUCCCCUCCUGUUACGGAGUGACUAUUCUAUUGUUCGUGUUUUUUGACGUGGCAAUGACCUAUAGAGCUUUCUGUAGAUUUUAGUCUCGGUGGACAGUAUAUUAUUGUCAGCACUGGCGGCGUCUCCACGCUUUAGCGCUAUAUCCUCGUGUCUCGUCUACGUAAAGAAAGAAAAUUAUUAUAAUUAUUAUCUGUUUACUCAGCUGCUUCCUCAUCUACAGAAUGUAAAAAGUAUAAAAAAAAAAAAUAGAAUUUAUUAACCCCUCCCCCGCCCUCCACAAUGUGCACUGCGCCCCUCCCCCCUCCCCUGAUGUAAAUAGGAGAUUUCCUCGCCACGGCUGUUACGUUGGUAUUUUUCGGAAACUUUAAUAAUGCACUGUUCUUUGUAACGUUGCAAGUUUGUUUUUGUUUUGUUUUUUUUCCCACUUUUUAUGUUUUUUUAGAGGUUUUAAUGAUAAAAAAAAAAAUUCUAUAUAUGAAAUUUACUGCCAAACUGUAUAGAUCUAUUUUAUUCUCCGUCUUCCCCCGGGCGCCAAAUGCGUGCGCCCGUCCCCCACAUCAUUAUCCAUGUGCCAUAACCGUAUAAAAAAACAAAAAAAAACUCUGAUGUUCAGUGUUCCUGUGCCAAUAAGGAUUAAGCACCGCCCCUGAGGAUCAGGAGGCGGGGCAUAAGAGGCCAGGAGUGUGCCAUUACCCAGAGGCCUCUGCGUUUUGUGCGUUUUCAUUGGGUAUCCGCGGUUAGUCAGUAUGUAGAGUGCCCCCCUAUGUUUUGGGGGGGGAGGAAAAGGGGGUGUUCUCAGUUUCUACACCGCCCCCGCGUACCCCGACACCUGUACCUCCCCUCCCCCGACUGUUGCCUGGCACAGAGAAGCUUUGAGAAUAAGGAAGUUUCCAUACGCAUGAUACAGUACGCCAUUCAGUUCUGAGAACUGCCGUAUCGCUGGAAAUAAAACUACUACUACCAGAAA